GUUCGCUGGCGCAGAGAUGGCUGCGGGUGUCCCCAGUGCGCUAGUCACCAGCUGCUCAUCCACCUUUUCCGCAGACCGGCUAGUCCAGCAUAUCCUUGGAACAGAAGAUCUUAUUGUGGAAGUGACUGCCAAUGAUGCCGUGAGGUUUUAUCCCUGGACCAUUGAUAAUAAAUACUAUUCAGCAGAUAUCAAUCUAUGUGUGGUGCCAAACAAAUUUCUCGUCACUGCAGAGAUUGCAGAGUCUGUUCAAGCAUUUGUGGUUUACUUUGACAGCACACAAAUAUCUGGUCUCGAGAGUGUUUCCUCCUGGCUUCCACUGGCAGAAGCAUGGUUACCUGAAGUGAUGAUCUUGGUUUGCCAUAGAGUGUCUGAAAAUGGUGUAAACCGACAGAAGGCUCAAGAGUGGUGUAUCAAACAUGGCUUUGAAUUAGUAGAACUUAGUCCAGAAGAGUUGCCUGAGGAGGAUGAUGACUUCCCAGAAUCUACAGGAGUAAAGCGAAUUGUUCAAGCCUUGAAUGCCAAUGUCUGGUCCAAUGUAGUGAUGAAGAAUGAUAGGAACCAAGGCUUUAACCUUCUCAGCUCAUUGGCUGGAGCAAACCAUAGCACUGGAUCAGCAGAGACCUGCCACUCAGAGCAGCCCCAGUUGCCAGCAGCAGAGAGGACUGAACCCCUCUUGGAUCAUCAAAGUGGUGCAUCUAAUACAACAGACACUCAGGUUGAUAGCAUCGUGGAUCCCACGUUAGACCUGGACAUUCAAGAACUAGCCAGUCUUACUACAGGUGGAGGAGAUUUGGAGAAUUUUGAAAGACUGUUUUCAAAGUUAAAAGAAAUGAAAGACAAGGCUGCGACGCUUCCUCACGAGCAAAGAAAGUUGCAUGCAGAAAAGGUGGCCAAAGCUUUCUGGAUGGCAAUUGGGGGAGACAGAGAUGAAAUUGAAGGCCUUUCAUCUGAUGAAGAACACUAAAUUAUUCAUGCUAGGGCUUGACUAACAAAGACCCUAGCUCCCUCUACCUGAGAUGCUUCCCUACUCAACCCAGUCAUCUUUUGCUGAACUCCCCAUCCUCAUGUUGGCCGCCUGACUUGUUUAUAGGCUCCCGUGAAUUUUAGUUUUUAGUAGGGGGUAAAGCAGAAAUCUCUCCUCCCUCAGAAUAUCGUGGGGGAGUGAGAAUGACAAUAAGGAGUGAGGAAUUCUCAAAUACACUUUUUUGCUCUAGGAACAGGAGUGGGAUGAGGCCCAAAGGCCUGUGUGAUAUGACCAAGUUACAGGCGAAGAACCACCAAGCCAUUCCUAGUCAGUCUUUUAAGCAGCAUUCCCCGUGUUCACACUUGAUCACUGCAGAUCGGGAGCUUGUGCCACCUUUCCUGCGUUCUGGAUUUUUUCUGUCAAGGAACUUGCUGCUCUGAGGUUUGAUGCUUUUGAUGGGAGGAAAGAUUCAAUUUGUGCUGUAGUAUAGACUAUGUGCCAAAGCCACUGCCCCUCAGGUUAGCCUCUAGCUUAAAAAAAAAAAUGCAUCUGGGCAUUUCAUUUGAAAUGCUAGAAAGUAUUGAGAAACCAUUGUGAAUUUUUAGACUGUAGUAAAUGAUGCAAGGGUUU